UUGUAAGGAUUUUCGGCUGUCGCUAAGCUAACUUAAAUAAUUAAUAUAAUUAGGAAUGGAAGCUUCACAGACAAUAAUAGCCAACGAUUCCAUAACGUCAGAUAAAAUAUUACGACCUUACAGUUUUCUAAGAAAUAUUCAUAUCCCACGAACAGUGCUGGUUAUAGCGUCUGAACAGUGCCUGUCUGUUCCACAGGAUUUAAAGACAUUUACUGAAGGUGAUAAUGGGGUUCAUGUCUAUUACACGAAGAAACUACCAUUGUCGAACAACAUUAAUCUCCCUAUAGAAAGCAUUGUCCUGGUUUACAAAAUUUUUGAUAGAGACAGCUUAAAAGCUAUCAAAGACAGUUUACCUUAUAUUGAUGUACGCUAUCUUGUGGGAAAAUGUUUUAUAUUGGUAACAUCAGAUAAAGAAUUUUGCAGUGGUGAUACUGAGGAAAUUGAAAAUUUUGCAAGCUCUUAUCACUUGCCUAUUCACUUUGUUUCUAAAACACAGGAUGCUGGCAGUGAUGGUAAACCUCGUCUCCAGAUCCCUUCCAACUUAAUGGCCAUUUAUUGUCCACCUGUGGGGAGCGAUGUCAACAGCUUGAUUAUUAAUGCUACUAUUGCCAGGAGUUCUCAGUGGGUCAAAGAUGGUGGAAAUACACAACUAACCUGAACUUCUGACUAUAUAUUUUAUGUGACUUGAAUGUUUUCUUGACUUGAAAUACAUGCAGAUAAAUGUUUUUUGUAUCAUUUCAUGUAGGCCUAUAUGACUUAAGGAAUUUAAAGUUUUAACUAAUAUCCAGUCUGGGUACAUGAAUCUGUUAUAACCAGAACACUACUGAUACACAAAACAAUAAAAAUGCUGUAAAUAAGUGCUAAUUUAUUACAAAUUUACAAUGUAUUUACAAAAGAUUGAUCACAAUAUUAUUACAGUUGCCCUUCACACCGGACUGAUGUUUCAGAAUUAUUUCACUACAUCCUAUUCAAGAACCAUAACCAUUUAACUUCAAAUUUAAUGUGAUGUGUUUUUAUUUUUUGGUUUAGGUUAAUUUUAGUUUUAGAAUUUGAACACAUCUGUCCCAUAGAAAUAAAAGUAAUGGUCUUGAAUAUAACCACUUACAUGAAAUGCAACUACAUUUUUAUUCAUUAAAGUUAACUUACAGUAAUAAUAGACUUGAAUAUACAAAUAGUCAUUCAUAUAAACUGUUACAUCAUUUCAGUUUCCUUGUAAUUCUACUAAACAUGUCUAAAACUAAAACAAAAACGUACAGUUUAAAAAUGACUAAAAAUAUGUAUAACAAAAUAAAAGUUAAAGGAUACAUCUGCACACAACAAAUGAUCAGUGGGCUAUAAAAAUUAGAUCUGAGACAAUUUUUUAUGCAAUGAUGUGGUAGAAAUAUAUAGCUAAAAGUACUAGCUAGAAAAACUUAACUUGAAACUUUGUCACAGAAUACAAUCAGCCCUACGGUUGCCUCAUUAAUGCAAUUCUGUGACUGGCUAUCCUCACACACAAGGGAGAUUAUUUUGAGUCACAUCUUAAAAUAACAAGUCUAGGCUCAGAAUUUUUUUACAUAAAUUAAAAAGGCUAAAUAAUGUUAAUGUGGUUAGUUUAGCUGGUAUAUCUUGUCUCUGGAAAAUAUUCCCCAUUAUCGUCUGUGUUUUCUAGGUCUGAAAAUUGCUGCAAAUGAUAUUUUGUAACCUGCAACAGAAAUAAAGUUUAUUUUGAACUGUU